UGUACGAUGGUGGUAGUUGUGAGUCACGACCCGGCCUUCCUCGUCGCCUUCGCUGAGUGGUCCCUAAGAGGCCGGCUGCUGGUGUGGGCCUCCAAACUGUUAAUUGUGACGCGUCUGGCCCUUAGGCACCUUCGGAGCCUUCUUUCCACCCACUGGACUUUCUCCAUGAUGAACGCAGUCUUCCUCAACUUUGAAGAAGCUUCUAAUAUAAUGUGUUUCGUGUACACGUACCUGCCGUACAGCGCGAAUGGCGCCAAAUUAGUGAAGGUUGCUAUCUGGACGCCGAGGAGAGGCUUGCUCCUGCACCGAAAUACAUUGCCAUUCUCUGAGAAAUUUGCGAAUUUCUAUGGGGCGCAAGUGGACGUGACCGCUUUGCCGUUCAUGCCCUACUGGGGUAAUGAAGAUAUUCGAACUCCUAAUGGAACCUCCGUCAUCAAAUACGAAGGUUCCGACUAUCAACUUCUUCUGGCCGUGGCUGCGGCACUCAAUUUCACUUUUCGAGUCUUGCCAAGUAGCUCGUGGGCAGAGGUAAUAAGCCUAAUGGAGGAACGCGUAUCAUUCAUCGUUCCUGUAUAUCACAUCCUGAUGCCUUUGAGAGCGGAAAAUUUUGACUUCACGCAGACCUUUGAGUUUUCCUAUGUCUCUUUCUCCAUGGCCAAACCUAGCCAAGAGCCGCAGUGGCAGAGUCUUUACUAUCCACUGGCGGAACAAGUGUGGCUGGCCAUACUGGGGUCGGUUCUUCUCGUCCCGUUUACAUAUAUUGCGAUAAAUUAUGUGGGUCACAAAGUAUCUGGCGGAGCAACACUCCUCGAGAACGUCUUCCUAGAUAUGGCUGGAAUGUUCCUGGCCCAGAGCCUUCCACAUCGCCUGCCAGAGGGUUCUUCCAGCAGAAUUCUGAUUGCCGCCUGGCUCGCAUUCGCUCUCAUCCUCGGGUUCGCCUACCGCGGCAAUCUGACGGCUGCCCUCACUAUACCCAAGUAUCCUCCUCGUCCCGAGACCCUCCCGCAGCUCAUCGACGCCGUGGAAAGGGUAACAAUGCCGCCUUAUGGAGAUUCCCACUACAAUUACUACAAAUCGUCGAAAUCGCCACUGUUUAAUGCUCUCGCCAGGCUAAUGGAGGUGGGCCCGAACGUUUUGGUGGGAUUACAAGGAGCAUUGCAACACAAACGUGCUCACCUGGGGGGAAGACGAUUCCUAAAGUACCAGAUAGCUGAAAAGUUCACAGAGGUAGACGGCACUUCACGCUUGUACGUAGGACGUGAGACACUCUACCCAGGGGUCGCCGGUUGGCCCAUACCUCACGACGCACCGUAUAAACCCCAACUAGACCGCUGGAUCACGGUUCCCUUGGAGGCCGGACUGUAUGAGAAGUGGGCGGAGGACCUGCUGACAAAGACAAAACUUAAAAGUCAGCGGGAACAGAGGAAUCGCCAGGAUGAGCAACAAAAGCAACAAGAGGGUGAGGAUGGGGAGACCAAGGAGAGUCUCACGGCCCUCACCAUCAUCCACACACAAGGCGCCUUCUUACUACUUCUGUUCGGGAUGAAUAUUGCUUGUGUGGCAGUGUUUGUGGAGUUUGUGGCAUCUCGGUUAUCUCUUAACAUACACAAAUGAAGCGGUAAAAGUCAAGUCGAUACAUAGGAAGUGGUUAUUCCUCGCAUUAUGCUCUGAAACUUGACCGCAGAAAUCGGGAAUUCAACAGGAUUUAUUCUACUUAACUGGAGAUGUGUUUAAGAGUAUAUAAAUUUCACAAGGACUAAGUACUAUUACUUUGCCUUCUUCACUAGUUAAUGUUUUUAUAUCUAAGGAAAUAAUGGAUAUGACUUAAAACCAAAUUCACUGGUAUUCGGACUACAGGGUGUAAAGAUAUUGUACAUAUAACAACUAAUGAAUAAAGUGCUUUAUCGUAUAUAUAAAUAUAAAUUUCCACAUCGACACUAUCAACAAGGAAGAGAAGAAUUAUGAAACAUGUUGCGUAAGCGCGGAAAAAGCAACUGAAACACUUAAUAUAAUCUUUUAAGAAAAGCAAGUCUUAAAACUAUUUAUUAUUUUCAUUGAAAAUACGCAAUAUUCUUAGCAGUAUUUAUUUAUUUAUUUUUAAUAAAAAAUUCACAUUUCAAUUCAAUGAACAUGACCUUGACAUUUAAAUACUUGAUGCAUAGCACCAAUGUAUUUAGUUUGGCAUGAGAAUAUCUUUUAUGUACAAUGCAGAUUUCUCUGCAAGGAGUUAACGGAUAUCGCAGAAAAACACAGCUCGUGAGGUAUCGCCUGCCUAUUUAUCGACCAAGGAAAUAUCGUGGUGCGUGUCGACAGUCCUAUGGAAGUUGACGUUAUGUAAAUAAUUGAUUUUCUCAGUUAUUCUGAAGGCUAAAACAUUUUGAUAUUCCAUUUUACUCAAUUUUUUUUUUUCGAAAAUCAGCUUAGUGUAAAUGAUAGGGUGACUGAAAAUAAUCUAAAAUACAAAAAUUGGGGUAAGGUUUGCAAGUGCACCGUUUACUUGUACUGCUGCAAGAGGGAGAAGACAGGCAACAUAGCUGCUGGCUUAGCCCAGCCUACGGAAUCUAACUCAUGAAUUAUAGAAUUACUGAAAUUAUUAUCUACGCGAUGCACACAAAAGACCCUACACUACAAGCCUUAUGCCUUGAAGACAAACCACUAGUAAGACUAACUACCACUUGAAUAUUUUCUUCUGAGAUUGGUAAUUUCAUAUCAGAUGUGAAUGUACAGGUAAUUCUCAGUGUGAAUGUGUUGUUCACACACAUCAUUGCACGUAUUGUAC